AUGGCGGACAUACGCAGCAUCAGAGUUGCUGCCUACUUCUUCCUCUUCUCCUUGCUCGUGUCUCAGAGGCUUGGGUCUUGUGCUUCCAUCAAAGAGCAAGGGAGACCUCUUUUGAGAUUUGGAGAGAGCGUAGCAGACGAUCCUAGUGGAUCUUCGUCGAAUCGGGGAGCAAGUUGCUCGGAUGAUGGCAAGGUGGUGGCAUUGGGUGUUAUCCAGAGACGACUCCAAAGCCCAGAAGCAAAGGCACAUAAUGUUGAUCCUUCAUCUCCAUCCAAGUCUUUACCUCGCUGGGUAAUCUACAUAAUAGCCACCGGUGGAGCGCUUGUCUUUGUGGCUGUAGCUGCUGCCACUGUGUAUCUACUCUUCUCUCGUCGAAAGAAGGAUACCACUGUCAUGCCAUGGUCUACUGGACUCAGUGGACCACUCAGUAAAGCCUUCGUGGCAGGUGUUCCUUCUCUAGGAAGGGCAGAGCUACAGGCAGCCUGUGAGGACUUCAUCAACAUGAUCAGCUCCUCAUCCGACUGCACGCUGUACAAGGGAACUCUAUCAAGCGGAGUCGAAAUAGCAGUAGUCUCCACUUCAGUUAACUCUGCCAAAGAUUGGGCCGACAGGUCUGAGGAGCAAUUCAAGAACAAGAUAUCUGUUCUGUCCAGAGUGAACCAUAAGAACCUGAUGAACUUGCUUGGUUACUGCACGUGCGACGAGCCGUUCACAAGAAUGAUGUCUUCGAGCAUCUUCAUAUUAGUUAGAGAAGCAGAAGAUCUGGACUGGCCUGCACAGCUGCGCAUCAUCAUGGGAGUAGCAUACUGCCUGGAGCACAUGAUCCAGCUCGACCCUCCAGUGACGCCACCAACCCUGAGCUCCUCGUCCAUCUACCUCACUGAGGACUACGCGGCCAAGAUCUCCGACGCCGAGUUCCGGAAGGAGGACGACGGCGGCAAGGAGUACGCACAGACCGAUGACGACGUCGUGUACAGGUUCGGGAUCCUGCUGCUGGAGGUGAUCUCCGGGCGGCUGCCAUUCUCCGAGGACCACGGCCUGCUCGUCCUCUGGGCGUCGAGCUACCUGGACGGCAAGAGGCCGCUGCGUGGGAUGGUUGAUCCCACGGUGAGGUCGGCCGUGCCCGAGAAAGAUUUAGAGGCGCUGCGCGACGUCGUGAGGCUGUGCGUGCGCUCGGACGACCAGGAGAAGAGGCCGGCCAUGGGCGAGGUCGCGAGGUCGCGAGGACGCUGA